CGGAGCGGCGGGGCCGGGGCCGGACGGCCCCGCCGAGGCUGAGGGAGCGGCCGCAGCGCGGCGGGGUGAGCGGCAGCGCGGCCCUGGGGCUGCCCGCGGGGGAAGCGGCGGCGGUGGUGCCGCGGCGCUUCUUCAAAUGCGAUGACUCAGCAGCUACAGGAUGAAUUUGACAGUAGCGUGGAGAAUGCAGAGGCUUGGAUGAAGGCCAUCCAAGAGAGACUGAGGAUCAAUGACAACACCAAAGGACCUCGAUCUGCCCUAGAAGCCAGAUUGAGAGAAACUGAGAAAAUACGUGCACUGGAACCAGAAGGCAGCUUGAAAAUGGACUUGAUUCUUGUGAAGGCAGAUGCUGCUCUUCGCAGCAUCGGUGAGGAUAAGAAGCAUGAGGUGCUCUCUAAACUGAAAGACAUUAAAGCUUUGUGGGAAGAGACAGCCAUAUACAUUACUCAUUGUCACAGCCGCAUUGAGUGGGUCUGGCUGCACUGGAGCGAGUACUUGAAAGCCCAAGAUGAGUUUUACACAUGGAUUCACAACAUGAGGGUGACCUUGGAGCCUGACAUUGAGUUGCAGCUUGGCUUAAAGGAGAAGCAGUGGCAGCUGAGCCAUGCUCAGGUUUUGCAGAAUGAUGUCCUUAAUCAGUCAGUCCUGCUGGAAAGGUUGCUGGAGGAGGCUGCUUCGUUGUUCAGCAGGAUAGGUGACCCCAGCGUUGAUGAGGAUGCUCAGAAGAAAAUGCGGGUGGAAUAUGAAGGAAUCAGACAAGAAGCUCAGAACAGAGUGAAGCUGCUUGAAACCAUAACCAAGGAGCAUGAGCAGUACAGCGCCAAUGUCAACCAGUUUCAAUCGUGGCUGAAUGGUGUCACAGAGAGAUUAAACUGCUGCAUUGGAGAAGCAGCCAAGUCUUCAGCAGAGGACAAGCUAAAGGCACUGAAGGAAAUUGCCAAAGACAUUAGGAGUGGUGGGAAAAAAUGGAAGCACCUUGAAAAUCAGUGUGCAGAGGUGAUUCAGAAUACCUCUCCACUUGGAUCUGCAAGACUGAAGGAUGAACUUGAAGAGCUAAGAAGAGCCUUGGAAAAGUUGAAAGUGCUGAGUAGUCAGGAGGAGGAGAGAUUGAUCAAGAUCCAACAGUCUGAAAGUGCCUAUGAGUCCCAAGCCAGACAAUUAGAAGCAGACAUCCAGAAGCUGAGAAAAGAUCUACAGAGACUAGAAAAUGAUCUGGACCCUGGGGAAGGGGAAAAGACUGAAGAUGAGUUGGUAACUCUAUGGAAAAAAUGCAGUGCAACAAGAGCAGCUCUGGCUGCAGAAGAGUCAAAGAUUGAGAGGCUGAAGGCUCAGCUUAAGGAAAUGCUACGGUUUUCCCAAGAUGUGCAGCCACACGCUGAGAGUGUUGUCUCUGCAAUACACCAGUAUCAGAGUGUUAGAGGCAAGACUUCUAAAAUGAGCGCUGAUACAGAAACCAAACUGAGAAGACUCAUCCAAAAUCCCCUGCAAAGUUUUGAACAGUGGAAACCAUCGGUCCAGAUACUCCUGGAGACUCCUGAGCCAGAACUGGCUCACAUUGAGGCUGCUCUUGCUGAAAGCUCCCAGUUCAAAGAGAAGUUGAUGACAUUACAGCUAAAGAAAGAUUUGCUAAACAAUGUCCUUGGUGAGGAAAAAGUAGAAUCUUUCCUUCAAGAAGUAGCUGAAGCUUCAAAGGAGAGAGAAAUUCUACACAAAAGUCUGUUGCAAAGCAAGAGCAAACUCCAGAAUUUGAUAUUGCAACAUAAGAACUUUGAUGCUGGUUUUGCACCAUUGCAGAAGAAAUUAUCUGCCAUUAAAGCCAAAUUAGAUCUGGAGAAGGAGCCACGUCCUGACCUCUUGGGUAAAAAGACACAACUCCAGAGACUCCAGAUGAUCCAAGAUGACUUGGCAGAGCUUGCAAUUCACAUGGAGGAGGUAGAGAAGCUUGUUCAGUCAAAUACCACACACAGGCAUGAAAUGAACCAACUUUCAUCCGACUCUCAGGCCCUGAAGAGAUCACUGGAGAUGAUGAUAGAGCAGAGUGAAGACCACGUUCAGAAGCAUUGGGCAUAUAAUGACAAACUGUCUGACCUCCACCAGUGGAUCUCAGUAACCAGGGAGAAGAUUGAUUCCUGCCAGGAUGCUGAUGGAGAGCAGAACACUGAGGGCAGGCUGGAAGACCUGGAGAGACUGUUAGCUGAGUUUCCAGAUAAGGAGAUCCAGCUGCACCUUGUAGAAGCUCAUGGCCAGUUGGUCAUGGAGAAGUCUUCUCCAGAGGAGACUGCCCAUGUCCAGGCAGAGCUGGAUCAGUUGAAGGAGUCAUGGAAAUCACUGAAAGAGAUGGCAACUGGCCUCCUGAAAAAGUGGCAGUUGAAUAGACCAAAGGAUGACAAGAAGAAGAAAAGAGCAUUUGUGGACAGCAGAUGGAUGUCUCGACCUGCUUUCCACCUUUUUGAUGUUGAUCCCAGCCAUAAGCAGGAGAAGAUGGGAGAAGGGCAACGUACAAGCAGUCACUUGAAGCUCCUGCAUGACUUUGAAGAGUGGCUACGAGGAGAAAACACUGAACUGACCAAAAUUCUUGCUGGGACUCCAUCUUCCAUAGAGGAAAUUAAGGCACACCAGAGCAAACUUGAGGAUCUGCAGUCCCGUGUGCCUCAUGGUCAGCAUCUCUUUGAGGACCUCCUUCAUCUUCAUCCUGUCAUUGGAAAUUCUGAAGACCUGGAGGACCUGCGUUACCAAUGGAUGCUCUACAAAUCCAAGCUGAGAGAAUCCCUGAGUUCACCUGAGAGCGCUGGAUCUUUGGAGGAACCAGACAGAGUCAGAAAGAAGAGCUCUGGAGCUGUGUGCUCGUACCUGCAUCGCGUGUGCCGGGCAGCGCUGCCAUUGCAGCUGCUCCUCCUGCUGCUGCUGCUCCUGGCAUUCCUCCUGCCCCUGGCAGAAGAGACACACAGCUGCACGCUGGCCAACAACUUUGCUCGCUCCUUCAAGCUGAUGCUGAGAUACGAGGGCCCACCUCCAACGUAACUUCUUGGCAUGGCACGAGGUGACUGGCAGAAGUGCAGGCUCUUUGUUUUUUAUUGCAACCGUUGUAGAUUUUAGGGUUUUUAACACGGCCAUCACGGCAACUGGAUAGCUCACAUAAUUGCCACAUAAGAUUAACCCACUUUAAUCAGGUAUUUGAGCAAAAUUAAUAUUUUUACAAUUUUUUGUUAUUGUAUUUAUAAUAUGUAUAUAAAGAUUGUGUAUGUGUAUGUAUGUACAUAUAUAUAUAUAAAUGCAUAUCUGCGAUCAAACUAACAACCACCAUCCACUCAUCCACUGUUUAAGGAUAAUUCUGCAACGUUUCUGCCAUCUUUCAGCAAGCAAUACUGAAGGAUGGUGUUGUGGGAUUUUUCCCAUCAGAUUUUUGUUUACAGCAUAAAUCAGAGCAAGUAUGAGAAUAUGUGGUCAUGUACCACCGUGUAAAAUGGAGAGCAGGCACAGUAGAAUCAUGUUUGAAUAUAGUGGUUGACAUUCUAGGAAGCCCAAGGAAGAUUUGGACGAUUCUCUUUGAAAUCUUGUGCUGGUUUUUCAGUAUCUGGAUAUAUAGGGAUUGCAGAAGCUGCAAAUGUUUCUACUGACAUCAGUAGGAGUGGGGGUGGACCUCCUCUUGUUCUUAUUUUUUACCAGAUUUCUUUUCCAAUUACUGUAUUUUCCAGCCCACCUGAAUCAGGGGAGGUGGAAUACAGUGAGAAGAAAGCUAGAAAAAAAAAAUAUAUAUUUUUUUAGCAUCUCUCUAGCAGGAGAACUUUUAAAAUCAGGACAUAAUUUUCUGAACAAAUUUGUGAGCACUGAACAAAACCUUGUAUCACCAAUCUUGUCUAUAAAAAAGAGUGGAGGGUUUUUGUUAAGUUUUUUGUGUUUGUGGGGUUUUGUGGUUUGGUUUGUUGGAUUUUUUUACUUUAAAAAGAUGUAUUUGGUAACGGAUUAUAAAGCCUAAACAGUGGGAUGCAGCCUGGCUCAGUGUCAGGAAAACAAAAGUUGGAAGUACUUUAUUACCACCCUGGAAACAAGAUUCCUACCUAGUAUUCUUUUGUAUUAAUGGUUUAUUGUAAUUGUGUGAAGUGAUUGUAUCACAGUCCGUCAAGCACAGAUUUCUAUGUAAUCUAAACUCUAAAAUUAUGGCAACUUGUCAUUUAUUUGCCUAACCCUAUGCCUGAUUUAUCAAAUUUUUGAAUGUGCAUUUUAACAUCGUCUUUUAAUGUAAAAGCAAUUCUCACUUCAGGGUGAUCAAGCCAUUCUUAGAGGUGUUUUUCCUAAUUGGUUUCUGAGAGAAAAGGUAUUUUUUAGAAAUUUUUGUGAUUUCUGAGAGCUAUCCCUUACUGUCUCAUGGUUUUAGCCACAGUAGUAAUCAUUAAAAAGAAACUAACAGAAGAAACAGUUACUUUACCUCUCCUGGCUAUGUUGCAGAAGGAAUUUCUCUUCUGCAUAUUAGUAUGGGGUCCUUGGUGUUGUUUUCCACUUAGGGUUGAAAAUAAUACCAUAGCUGACAGACUGAAGGAGGAAGGCACUUAAUUAACAAAAUCAUUAAAGUUCUGUUAAAGAAGCAAACUUUUGUAGAACUGGGAGGCACAACAGCACAGAGCUCAAUUUAGGCACAGGAUUAGGAAAGCAGGCAGUGUGGAAGAGGAGCAGCUAAACAUAAGAGAGGAGAGGUGUCCAUCAAUUUGUAAAGCCUUAGAAAAGGGGUCACAGUUAACACAGAGGACAAGAGUACAGGCUUUACAGGGAAAAAAAAAAAUCUCAGAUUCUUUUUAGCUCCCUCUCCCUGCUACAGUAUUGGUAUUAUUGCAUAUUUAACAGCUUUUCUUCAGUUUUCAAGAUAUAAAAUGGGGCAAAUAACAGGGCUUCUACCAGUGUUCUGAGGAGACUCUUCCACCACCCGGACUCUCUCCCUGUGUUCUUAAUAAUGUUUCUGACUAUACUGGGUUUGCUAGUGUGGGAUUAAAAUCAGCUGAAAGUCUGCUAAAAGUAUAGAGUGGAAAUUAAAGGAGAGACAGCAGGGAUGAUGAAGCUAUCAGUCAAAGUGUAAGGGGAGCAGGGAGAGGAGCUGAGCUGAUGUGGGUUAAAAACCUGACUGACAGGAGGUAGCAGAAGAGUUCUCAGAGCAGGCAGAAGGGACUGGAAGCUGAAAGGUGAGGAGAGUCCGUGUAUGCUGGGCAAUAAGAUAUUCACUUUAGGAAAUGAAGGAAAGACUGAUUUCUUUCAUGAAGGAGCCAGACAGAGGGGAGAUAUAACUUGUCAGAGAAUGGGGCCUAUUAAUUCCUUCUUUGCAUCCAUUCUUUAUGGUGGCAGAGGACAUACCUCCUCCUCUCCUGAUCAACUGUGCAAGUGCAAUGCCCAUUCCUCUAAAAAUUGCUGCCAGGCCUGGGGGAAGAAACCCCUGUGGCUGCCCAGCAAGGAUUUAAUCAUCACACACAUCUCCGUGUCAAAUUGAAUCUUCCUUUAGAAAAGAGGUAUGGGGGAAGAGGGGCAGUAACAAAACCUUUGUGGUUGUGUGCAGGUGUGCACACACUUUUCUGUGACAUAGCUACCUCACAGUUCUCUGGGUUUUGCUGAGCUGUUCCAGGUGAUGAAAGUAAAAUGCCAGUGAGAAAGUAAAAAAAAAUGAGGAAUAAUAAAGCUGCAAAUGGAAAUCAGUAGGGAGAUAGAAAAGGUUUUUUUCUACGAAAGCACAAAACCUCACAUCAGAUUUCUUUCUGACAAAUCUUUCUGAUCUGGGUGAUUUGUAUGGGUUCACAAAUGCGUUUGACACCAUGAGAGUGUGUAACAGGGAGAAGAAUAUUCUGCACAGAGGAUCUUACAAGAACAACUGCAUCAUCACCUUGAUGUUUCACUGUUGUGGCAGGUUUGGGAAAAAAACCCUAACAACUAAAUUAGGAACACACUUCUGCUGCUGGGUUUGCAAUCAGUUUAUUCUGGAAGUCUCCUGUCUGUAAUCUUGGAAAGUUUUGCUUUAAAUCUCAGUCAGUCCAUUCUCAUUAACUUAAAUAAUGUGGCUAUCUCACAGAAGUGAUGAAUAUUUCUACUUCUUUGCAAUGAAAACUACCCUAAGCACAGGACUUUCAUGUUCAUAUCACUGAAAACAGUUUAAGGCUCCCAUAAUGUCAUUUACCUCACCUGUCCAAGGCAGGUGUGAGAUUUUUCUGGCAAAGAAAGAAAGAAAGAAAAAAAAUCACAGAAGUAAAUUUGAGAUGUAAAUGCAAAAUUUAAAAUUUACUUUCUUUUUUAUUCUCUUGUGGUUUUUGUUUCUUUUUUUUUAACAUCUUGCGGUACUUAUUCCUGGAAGUGUGCGUAAAUAUUAAUCAAGUCAGUAACUGGAAUAAUGAAAACAAACUGCCCAGACCAGCUUCCAGGAAACUGUACAAAGCUCCAAUUCCUCAAAACACAAACUAAAUCAUACUGUUUCCAAACCAGUCCUUACAAUCUUGAGCACAGUUCCUCAUCUUUGCUCACAGAUGAUUUGGUGGUUAUUUGCUCACUUUUGUGCCUAUAAAAUCCCCAGCUCAUACAUCUCUGACAUCCAGAUGUAACUGAGAUGUGUUAUAGCUCAGGUUCAGACUGGGGCCACUGCCUUAAGCCUUCCCUUGCCAAAGCAUGGGAUGCACAGAACCUGGGAUGUGUCUGCAGCUCAGGACUUUUACUAUUUUGCCCCAGUCCAGAUGCAGCCACAGUCAAAGGGUGCUAAAGCCCUCUAAAACAUAUUGAUUAUGUUUGAGGUUGUGAGUGGUUUGUGCACCUGGCCUGUACUCCAUGCAGACACCCAGCCUGUUCACAGAGCUCUGUCCAAGCUCUUGCCUGCACUGUUGGACCCAGGAGUUGCUUGACCACAUUAAUGACCCUGCAGUGACAUAAGUUAAAAUCCUGCACUCCAUUGCCCAUGCAUUACAGUAAGACAUUGCCCGAAGGCACACUUCAAACCCAACCUUUGGCAUGAAUGCAAGCUUCAUUUGUAAACUGUAAUUUAUUUUGAAGCCUGAUGCUUUCCAGAGAAUUUUCCAUGGCACCAAUACAUUGAGGUAGAAAAUUGCUAUUGUGCCCCAUGUCUAUUAACAGCCCUUUUCUGAUUCCAGCCAGGUAUUAAAUACUAUUUAUAUAUGCCUUCUCCAGAAGUCUCUGUAUGAAAAAAUCUUCAAUUUUAAGCACAUACAUUAAAAACUUUGUAUUCCUCUGCUAGCCCUCAAUCUCCAGAGCAGUCAUGAUUUCUACAAAUGCUACUUUAUUUGCACUGACCGAGAGACUUAGAAAACCCAAACAUUUGAGGCUGUAAAUAAAGCUACUAGGCUAACUAAUAAAACCACCUAGUGAUCCCUGAAUAAUUUGGACAUCAGAAGAAAUAGUAUUUUCUCUUUAGUUGUUCUAGACCUCAGGAGUUUUGCUACAUCUGAUCUCCUUUUCAAUAUUAAAUAGGGAAUGUUUUACUUUGAUGUGUGUGCAUACACAUCCCAUUAGCACUAAAGAGAUUUGAAGAGUGAGUUCAUGUACAAUAAUUCUUUUAACUUGUGUUGACAAGAGAGUACAUUGUCCUCUUUUUUCAAGGAAAAACCCCACCAAAACUGCUGUGUGACAGAGAUUCCCAAACCAAUCAAAACCUUUUGGAAUAACUAAAGAUUACAGACUGAAACUAAAUUGUCUACCAUAGGAAACUGGAAAAAACAGUCUUGCCUUUCAAGAAAUGCUGGUAUAAAAGCCCCAGCAGACAUGUCUUUGUCAGGCAUCAUGGAUGUCUUUCAAGUCAUAGGUUAUGCACUCAGCUGGCUGUAAGAGCUGCUUUUGGAGACUUUACUACACCAUGGACAGGAUAAUUUGCUAGGCUGCAGCUGAAAACAUGUUUGUCCAGAGAACCUACACCAACUUCUGCCAGAAUCUCUGGGGGCUGUUGAAGAUACUCUUAGCAGUUCCCAGAUCAUUGACCUGCUCUGAGUCAUUACAAGUUUAUUGCAUUAAUUUAUCUGUCAGCAGUUGGCAGCUCUCAGAAACAAGUUUAUUAAAAUACUAAAGAUAAUAUUUCUGGUGCAGGCAGCAUGAUUGUUUGAGAAAUCGAUCUUACUACUUUUGCCAUAUUUAAGAAAAGGUAUCUAUUGGUUAUACUGGAAUAUAAACAAGUUAGUUGCAGGUGUUGGGUAACUGCAGGAUGUUCUAGGCAUAAGCCAUUUUGACCUGUACACGUCCGUUUAAGAAUUGUGGGAUCAUGUUACACUUGUUAAAUGGUAAAGCAAAACAAAGAAGAAAAAAAAUAAACAGAACAACAAAGCAGGAUGGAAUAAUCUGUCACACAGUUGUUUUUUUAAUUAUCUCUUUUCUAUCCAAUUUAAAAUAUGAAUAUGUGUCUACCAGAGAGUUAUCAGUAGAUCUGGAAAACAGGGAAUAUAUAUCAGGAAUAUACCAGUUCAAACUGUAGCCUAAAUGGCACCUCUGUUCCCUAACCCGCUUCAGCAAAUGCCAGAUUUUACCUCAUUGUACCUAUGAGAUAACAACUCUCUUCCUAGUAAAGUGUGAGUAAGGUGAAACUGCACAGCUUAAGGUGCAGCAUCCCAGUGGAAGCAGCGGGAGACAUUAAUUCUUCCAAAGGCAGCCUGAUAUCCAGAUGCAAGAGAGGAACAUGUAGGUCUGGCAUAAUGACAGCAGUGCAGGACUAAUGACACAGGAACAAGGGCUUGCCAUCCUGCUCAAAAUUUUGACAGUGGCUGUCAGCACAGUUCAGUUUCAUGUCCCUGACUGUGGAAGAAAUCUCCCCUCAGGGUGAUUCACUCGAGCUGAGAUUUAAGCCCUGGAAGUGUUUGGCACUUUUUUUUUUUCCCCUUUUCAUUACAUACAGAAGAAACUGCUAAGUUAAAACCCCUCUGUGACAGGUUAAUGGUAGGUGGUGGGUGCUGAUGCUCCAGGAAAAGAUACAGGAAAUUCUACUAUAAAUGGAAAGAUAGUCAUGAUGGUCUCUGUUCAAUCCUCAGGAGGCAGAAGUGCAUUGUAGAACUGAAGUGGGAGUUUUUCUGUUCCUUUUCAAGUAAAUGUCAGGUGUUUUCUUUAGUCUUCUGUAUUUUGGGGGCAAGCCUAUACAGUGCCUUACUGAAUGCUAGUGGCUUUUUGGCUUCAGAGCCGUUUACAUCAGAGCCAUCCAUUUACAUUGGAACAAGUUCCACAUUAUUCCAAGUUGUGUGAGAAAAGUAUUCCCCUGAACUGGUUUUGGAUCAGAAGCUUUUUGUUUGGGUAGUGGGGAUGGUUUGGUUUUCCUUCUUUUGGCCACUUUGUAUUAAAUCCAAGGAAGCAGAAAGACCAGCACUACCCUUUCCAGGCCAUGUUUUGUCUUUCUUUUAUGGAAGCAGAGGAGAUUUGGCUUUGCUUCCUUUCCAAAGUAAAUCGUCCCAGUAUUUUAUUUUUCUUUUCCUGUUGCAGUUCUUCCACAGCAUAGGUCAUUCCUAUCACCAUAAGUGUUUCCAGUGGCUGUUCUGCCACAAUACCUGGAGCAAAAAAUCUGGUCCAGUUUCAAUAAGCUUAAAAUGCAGUCAUUUCUUCCCCUGCUGCAGUUCCUCCUGCAGAUGCUCUGUUUCUGCUGUCCCCUGUGUCAAACCAGUCUUCACCACUAUCUGGGGGCACUCUAGUUCCUGGCCAGCCAUCUCUUCCAAGUCUCCUGGCCAUGUCCUGCCCUCAUCUGCCUUCUGCCUUCAGGGACUGCCCUGAAUAGUCACAUCUGCAGGCAGGAGUGUGAGGGUGUCACUUAACAAACAGUUAUUAAUAAUGAAAGCCUCUCUAUUAGCAUUGUUCACAGCCUGCCCAGAGCCUUUUUCUCUUCUCCUCUGUAAGCAGGUUUUGAUGUGUAAUCCAAUUACUGUGCGCAGAAAAUUGCCCCUCAUUCAGCACAGAGGGCUGGUGUUCAGCUGCAGCUCUGUUAACCUUGCUUGGUCACUGCUGGGUAAGAGCUCCCAGGUGCUGCUCAGCCAGGCUCUGUGCCCUUGAGCUGCCAGGAGUGUUCCACUGUCAUUGUUAUACACCCUAAAUAAGCCAGAAUCCUUUUUCUGACCUGGGGAAAAAAAUUUAAAAAGAAAGAAAACUAAAAUUAUUGCUUUUUGCAAACUGAUUUCACAACUCAUUUUUCAAGCCCUAUAGCAAGCCAUUUAUUUUAGCUCCUUUUUGCUCCAUGAAAAGCUGUGUGUUAAAAGACAGAGGUGAGUUUGGAGAGCAAACUGCCCUCAGCAGCGCUUUGCUGGGUCACCUCCCACUGGAACUCAGGGGUAGGAGCUGUUAUUUCUCCUGAAGUGAUUCCCACCUCCAAAAUCAAAUUAUUUCUUUUGUCAAGUCUAAUAAGCACUGAACACCACAGACUUUGUUUCACUGCAGAUAUGAAUUAAUGCCUCUGUAUGGUACUUUCCAUUGCCAUGAAGUAUAGAUGUAUGUGUGUAUAUACAUGUAUAUAUAUAUCUAUAUAUAUGUAAUGGGGAGCAUAAUUAUUGUUCUGCUUAAAUAAAGUGACAUUCCAUUUCAAUGUAACUUUUAAGUGCAGCUUUUAAAAGAAACCGUGUCUUAAAGGGAAGCUGGAAGAGUUUAGAGGUACAUGUUGUAAUGAGCUUUGAUGAGAUUUGAUAAGCUUUGAGUUUGAGUUUCAGUCUUUAGGGUGAAAAGCACCCGAGAUGAUUUCUCUAUUACAUUCCCAGAUCAAACCCUGUCAGAAUUUAACCUGGGAGGCAGUGCUUGAACAUUGGCUGUUCCUGAAGGUGCUUGGAUGUCCACAUGCUACAUGUGGGCCUGUCCUCAAACUCCGACCUCCAUUUUGUACAUGGACUUGGCUGGAAGGCAAAAGACACACCUUUGUCUUGCUCCAAGACCUUGAUGGUAAUUUUUGCCUCAGUAGAUGGUUUUCCUUUGAUCAGUGUGACUCUUUCAACUUCUUUUCCCUUUCGUUAACUGAGUUUAUCGGGUGAUUCUAGGAGGGCACACUCCAUCUGCCCAGCCUCAGAGUUUCACUUUCAGGAGCAUAUCUUCUUCUUAUUUGUUUACUUGACCACUGGUCAGUGUACUGGACCACUGUGAAACAAUUACACAAGCAAUAAUGCAAGUGUUGCAUUUCUUUGUCAUUGUCUUUUGUGAGACAUAACUCUCCAUUGACACUGACAAGUUGUAGGAGACCCAGAAGCUGCCUUGUUGUUUACUGGUAAAAUAACCCAUGUCCAGUGUUCCUACAGAGGUCCUCACUCCUCAGAGCAGUGGGCUGUCUCAGGCCCAAUUUAAUUAAUGAGCCUGGAUUUUAAACAGUUUUGGAUCUCUUCACCAACAUUCCAUCAAUCUUGCUUCCAUCAGUUUUUGUGUUCUUGUUUAGUUUCAAGCUAGAAGAAAGUUUAAAGAAAUGUGCUAAGACUCCCAUAUAGGGUGAGUAAAUAUCCCAUAUAUUUCACAAAAAUUGCAACAAAAUGAAGGGAUUUACUCUGACAUUGAACAGAAUUAAUAAGAAGUUCUAGCUGAUAAAUUAAAUAGCAUUAAGAACAGCCUGGAGCAAAGUUUCUGCAAUCAAAUUGUUCUCUGCUUUUAAUUUAGAAGGCAGCAAAUACUGAGGUACAUAUUGCCACCUUCUUUUAGAAGUUACCUGAAACUAAAAUGUGAGUUCUCUUAAAAGGAGGUUUAUUGAUGUGGAUCUAAACUUCACCAACAUGUCCUGUGUUAGAUCACCUGCCUGUGGGCACAGGGAAAACCAAAGGCUGUUGACAAGAGAAACUUAUAUUAUGAAUGGUUUUAAAAUUCUUCAGAGCUCCUAUCCACUUCCAAAUAUCAGUAAUGGGGAGGAUACAAAACCUUCCUGUGAACCCUGUCAUUUUGCAUGUUGAAGUCCUGGCUUGAAUUCAGGUCUCCACCUCAGCUUUUGUAAAUGUUAAUAUUCAAGUAGAACAAAAACCUUAGAGGCAAUUACAGCAUGAACAUCUCUUCUUGUUUAUGUAUAGUAGCUGAUAGCAAAGUCUGCAAUAAUAAUCUGUGUUUAUACAUGUGCUGUACAAUGUAACAGUUGGGUACAAAAUACCUUUUAACUGUCACAAGAAAAUGACUGGAUUGAUGUCACUUUUUGCUUGUAUGAAUAUAAUUAUUCGCCUUGCGGGGACCAGUUCCACUUUUGUCAUGUUAUUUAUGAUUUUUGAAUACAAUUGUGAUAAAUUAGGCUCAUUUCUAAGGUAAACAAUACUGGAGCCAAGCAGCUGUCUCUGCACAUGUGCAUGUUAUCACAGCUGAUAUCAAGUCCAAGUCAGACUCCUUGCUUUGCUUGGACCUUUCUUUAACCUUUCAGACUUUUUCAGGGGAAUGUGGACCACUCUAUUUUCUUAUUAAAAAUAUGGCUUUGUGAAAAGCUGAACUUAUUUUUAAAAUCCUUUCUUUUCUGGUUCAGAAAGACUGUAACAAUCAUAUUUUUCUAAACUGCCUAUUGCUUGUGUUGGGAAAUUAUAUAGAGAUAUAUAUUUUGCUCUACAGAUUUCCGUGUACUUUUGGAACUCUUUGUUUUCUUAGAUAAAUCCUCCUAUUUGCUAGAAUUAGCUCAAAAAGCUGUAAGCUUCUGUAUACUGACUCUGUGACAUUCUAUAAAAACACAGAUGCAUCAAAAGACUGACUUUAUGUUUUAUGUACGUUGUUAGAGCUAAGUCAUCCUUAGUGUUAUGCCACGCAAGAUGUACGAAGAGAAAUCAGGUCAUUGUUUGGAAAGACUGGACAGUGUUAUGUCACACUGCCUAAAAAGUCCCUGGUGAAAGUCAGGAGAGUUUAUGCUAGAAAUGGUACCAUAUUGGGUCCUGAGUCUGUAGGUUUUUUACACUCUUUAGAACCUUGUUUCAAAAUCAGUCCCGUGAAAUUUCAUGGGAAAUAUUAAAAAUAAGAGUUUGUGGUGUGUGAAUAGCUAUGAUGCAAUAAGGACUUUUUCUAAUGAAGAACAGGGCCUUUUAAGCAGUUAAGAGGCUAUGAUUUGAGUAUUUCAGACAACUUUGUGUUCUUUUCUGAGUUGUGCAUUCCUCCUGUGUAUUGUGGAUUUAUUCCAUAGCUGAAAUGCCAGAUUAAAUUGAUUGAAGCCCCAGGAGCAGAUGAACAUACUAGGAAGCUGCAGUGAAAUAAUGCAGAAAAUGGCCUGAUUUCAUUCUUCAGAGCAAUAGUUAAAGAAACUCACAGCCUUGGCUUCUUUGCACCUGUGAAGCAGAGGCCCUUGUUUUGUACCUCAGCUGUGGUAUAACAUGGAAGGAUUUCAUGUCUAUUCUGUCUGUUUCUGUCUGGAAAAUACUGUCUAUUCCUUAUCUUUGUCAAAGCAUAAUAUUUCCCAAGUAAAAAAAUCUGAUUCUUCAAGACUCGUAGGGGAGUUCAGGGGCAGCUGGAACCUUCUGUGAUCCAGCCACAUUAUUCCAAAAGUUUAUCCCUUGAUGACAAAUAAAAUAUGAUGUGACUUUGCUGUUUGCAAGUAGGAUCAAGAGACUGGAAAUUCAUCACCCCAAGCCCUUGCCUGUUCUGUGAUGCUCCACUAUUACCAAUGGACUGUGUUGAAUUGGAUUAUAAGAUCAGAGUAUUUUAUUGCAUGUGUCCUUUUUUGAAAUGGAAAUACAGUUGUAUUUGAUGUUGUAGUUAUAAUGCUGUAAAUAAACACAUGUGCAUUUAUUUUUUAA